AUGGAUGACUCGACUGUGAACAAGCUUAUCCCACAGAUGUUCGAUCAGAUGAGAUCGAAUCUGGGCAUCAAGCCUCGGGAGCAUGACGAUGGACACGGUCAUUACCUUGAUUCAUCGGCGCAAGGUUCUGCGAUUAAUACACAAUCAUUGUUGAAGGAGCUGGGCUCUCUAGACAAGAUAAUUCCGAUGAUUGAGGCGGUGGAUAGUUUAUUACAGAAGGCAGUACCGUCGCACCUCAAUCGGCUACAUGAAAUCUGCAAAUCCACCAACGCUAUGCUGGAUUCCUGGGUGAGUAUUCAGUCUCAUGCUGGUUAUGUACACAAUUUAAUGGACUCAGAUAAGUAUUUGAAAUACUGUGAUACUCAACUUAAUUCUGGCGAUGCGGUUACUGCGGAAGCCAUCAUCGCAGAAGAAAUGAAAGAUAUCGAGUCUCUCAGAGAGCAAAUCGCUAAUGAGGGGAAUAAGAAGUUAAAUCGCGAACAAAAACCUUCGUCAGAUGGCCCAGUGAGCGUAAGAGGACCCACUAGCGCUGGAAAAGUUAACAAGAAUAAAUCCAUUAUACGCUCAAGGGUUCAAAGACCGUCAGCAAUACCAAGCGUUACGUCCAGAAUAACGAGGCCGACGGCUAGUAGUUCGAGGAAGAUGUUUCGGUAG